UUUUGGAUGUGUCCACUUCAUUAAUUCAAAUUUACAGAUGUUUUCUUUAAAUUUAAAUAAAUGAUCCUAAUAUUUUCAAAGAUUUGUAAAAGUUUGAUGUCGAAGCAAAUGAUAUUUGUGUUUUGUAAGUGAAUAUUGAGUCAUUAGUGAGAAACUGCACUUCAAGCUAACGGUCUGAUCUUUUAAUAUGAAGAGAAAGGGAACAAUUAAAACAUAUGGGCGACAUCGAAUGAGAGUAGUAGCUGUGGAAGGAUGGAGCUCGGAUGAUGAAAAACAGAAACAUGUUUUUAGUUUUAAUAAUUCUUCAUCACAUGAAUCUAGCAAUAGUUCAGGAGGAAAUGAUAGUUCCUCAUUUAUCCCAAGAAUAACCCGCAGCACAAGGAAGAAGUAUGUAAACGAAAAACAAAGUCAAAAUAAAGAAAACAAUUUUGCCAGGUCACGAACAGCUAAAUAUAGUUAUAGAGGCAACUCCUCGGAUAGCGAUUGUGAAGUUCGGAGACCAGGAUUACGUGAUAGCACUAAUAAAUAUAAUUCCCGACCCAACACAUCAACCAGAGUGACGUCAAAAACUAGCAAAUCUCUCUUUCAAUCUGUACUUAAAAAGAAUACACCCAAACCCAAAAGUAAUGAAAAUUCAUACGACUUCAGUGAACUAGAAGAAUACAGUCUACUGGUUGUCUCUGAUGGUUCAAAGAAUAGUUCCACAACAGCUGCACAAAACCUUAGAGUUCCAGACCAAGCCGGAAUCGACACUAGUACUCCGUGUCGAAAAACUGCCAUUAAAAUAAACAAUUGUGAUAUAUCUCAUAUUGAGGAUCUUCAAGACAGUCCGAUUUCGACAGACAGAUCUCCGUGUAUACACGAUCCAAAAUCGACAACACCGCAAUUAGAUUUUUCAAGUAUUGCUGCUAGUCCAUCGUUAGACGAGGAAUCGGAAGAAGCCACCAGAUCUGAACAUAUUUCCAACAUAGAAGAACUCUCAAUCGAUGACUCCUCGUUGAGUGAUAAACCGCUCGCUUCCAUAAACAAACACUUACAGGUUAAUAAGCGCACAAGGAACCAGUUAUCGCCGAGUCCAUUAGCGCUACGAAGUCGAAGUAAUUACGAUAAAACACAAAGCCUGUUUGAUUCUCCCGAUCUUUCAAGGCAUGCAAAAGUGCAGAGAGUAAGUCCCGAAGAUCUAAAGUGUUAUAUAGAUCUGAGUCGCCUUAAGGAUAGUUUUAUUACCAGACACACGCGAAGUUAUGAUAAAUCUAAAAGUCUUUUCGACAGCAGCGGUAGUAGUAGAAGCAGCAGAAGUUCUCGUCCAGGUGGCAGUACCGGUCGAUUGUCGCCUCCAUUAGAAAGGGAGUUAACUCUAGAUGAUACAGAACUUGAAACGGAGGGAGAAGAAUUAAGUCAUAUUAUAGAAGAAGAUGAAAUUAGUAGCGAUGAUGAGGUGGAUAAUGAUGAUGAAAAUGAUAGUGAUUAUGUCGAUGAUGAUGAUAAUGAUGAUGAUGUCGAUGAUGAUGAUGAUGAAAUUGUCUGUGAUGAUGAUAAAUUACAAGAGUAUUAUAAGGGCACAAAUGAUGAAGAUCUGGAAGUGACGCGGUAUACCCUAACAGAUCUUGCAAUUGAAGAUGGUGACGAAAGCUCGGAAGAAGACGACUGCUCCUUGGUCAAAAGUGGAAGCCUUGAUCCAAUAUCAGAAGAGGAUGAAGAAAGCAUGGAGGAGUCCAUAGAGUAUCAUUCUGACAAACAUUCAUCGAAAUUAUCUCAGAACGAAAGUCAAUCAGAAACGGAAGAAAUGUUUCACACAGCCACAGACAUGAGUCACAAAGUUCCUGAAAAUUCUAGACUUUCUGACCUCAGGAAUGAGUCAAAGUCUUGUCUUAAACCUUGCUACACACCAACUACAGCCAAUUUAUCGAGAUCUUUUGUUGAAAUGCUGACACCAAAUAAAAAGAAGGGAUCUAUUCCAGAUUCUCCAAAAUCUAAAAUAUUAUCUCAGUGUCAACAACAGAGGAUUGUAUCCUUUACCGACUGUAUACCCCUAAAGAUGUUGAACGAAUGUACGAAGAUAGGGGAAGGAGUUUAUGGAGAAGUGUUUAGAGCUUUUAGAAAUGGUAAAUCGGUUGCUAUUAAGAUUAUUCCAAUUGAAGGGUAUUUUUUAGUAAAUGAUGAAAGACAGAAAACAUUUGCCGAAGUACUUCCUGAAGUAUUAAUAUCUAUUGAAUUAAGUGAAUUGAGAAACAAUAAACAAACAAAAACCGAGAAUUUCUGUCAAGUUAACAGCGUUUGUUGUGUAAAGGGAGCUUACCCUAAACAGUUGUUAAAACAGUGGGAUGAUUAUAAUGAAAAAUCAGGAUCAGAAAACGAUCGACCCGAUAUAUUUGAUGCUGACCAGUUAUUUAUUGUAUUUGAGUUUGCUGAUGGCGGAUGUGAUCUGGAAUCAUUCAAGUUUGAUAAUCCUUUAGAAGCUAAAAGUGUUAUACAGCAAAGUAUUUACGCCCUGGCUGUAGCUGAAGAGGCAUUUGAGUUUGAACAUCGUGAUCUACACAUAGGAAAUGUUUUAGUUAAAAGAACCGAAGAUAAAAUGAAAAGUUUUCAUCUGAAUGAUGAAACUGUAGAAAUAGAAUCUAAUGGCGUCCAUGUUUGUAUAAUAGAUUUCACUAUGUCCAGGUUGAUGAAGGAUGGUUUGGUGAUCCACUGUGAUCUAGCAGAUGAUGAGACGUUAUUUCAAGGAAAGGGAGAUUAUCAGUUUGAUAUUUAUAGAUUAAUGAAAGAUCAUAAUGAAAAUAAAUGGGAAGCCUUCCAACCGUAUUCUAAUGUUUUGUGGAUUCAUUACUUAACUGAUGCUAUAUUAAAGAGGAAGAAAUUUAAGAGUAACACUCGAUUAGAUCGAGAAAUCUUGAAAGAAAUUCGAACAUUUUAUAAGGAAUUGUUAGAGUAUAACAGUGCUAGACAUUUAGUUCUGGUUUCAGAAUUCUGUCAGUCUUCCUGAUUAUGGAGAUGUGCUUUUACCGGUAGUUGAAAUAUAUCUGGAUGUAUGUGUGUUGUGCGGUCAGCUCUUUGAAAUACGCCUGGAUGGAUGUUACUGAAUGUCUGAAAUAUGUCAGACGAGAUGUCUAUGAUACUUGGUCCGCUCUUUGAAAUACGUCUGGAUGUAUGUUACUGGAUGUCUGAAAUAUGUCAGACUGGAUGUCUAUG